UCAGAAUCCCUAAUAUUUUCUCUUAAUUCUCCCUCAUAAUAUCUCUCUUGACUCAUCUCUAAGCUAAGCUAGUGGAGGGUAAGUCACAUGCAUGCAGUGUAAAGCUGUGGGCCGCCGGCAGAAGCAGUCAAAAAUAUGUCACGGGCCCAAGAAGUAAAAGGGUAGAGACGGGUAUGUGAAAGAAGAUGUAAUUUUGGCCAUAUUAUGGAAAAGUCUUAUUAUCGCUAGCUAUUUCCAUUCCUUCGAAUCUCUCUGUCCUAUUUUUGCUAUUAAGAUCGAUCUUGAAAGGUUCACCACCUCUCAUCUCAUCAUUCAACGUGCUGUGUCGACGUAGCUCUCUUCCACGUCGUCGUCCAUGGCUGCUCGAUUUCUGGCGCUGCUGGGUUUCCUCUUUUUGUCGUCUGUCCCACAAAGCUAAAAACCCUAAUAAGUUUGGUUUACGUUACAUACAUGUACAAGCUCACCAAUUCAACGUCUUGGAGAGCGAAACGACAAGCUAGUUUCCUUACUGAUAAAUCUCUCUAGCUUUGGGUUGUUUUGAUUGUAGUAAAUGUUGGUUUCCGUUUGUAGAAGAUGCUUUUGUACAGCUAAUCAUGCCCCAUAUUUGAAGUCCAAGUUAUGUAGUGGAGACAUUUUUGUUGUGAGCACAUAUAUGUAUACUUCUAGUCUUCUAGGCUCCUUCUUGGUUAAUUCGAUGCUGGUGACUGAAGUGUCGAAAGUAUCUAAACUCUAAAAAGGAAUCUACUUUCACAAACAGACUUGAGUGAAUGUAGAAGUACAAUAUCAGGUGGACCGACGAAAAAGAAACGUUUGCGAAAUAAAUCUCAUUCAUCCAUCCAUGCAGCCAGCGGCGGAUCCAGGAUUGGGUAGAGCACCGAGCCACAUUGAAAAAAAAGGCAGAGAAGGCUGGGUCGUAACACAACGAACCCCGAAACGAACACAAAAAAUCGAAAAUUUACAAGUAUUAUACUAGCUCCGAAUCGAGGGAGGGAUGGGCCGUGGCCCGGGGGCGGCCCCCCCUAGAUCCGCCGCUGCAUGCAGUAAUUGUAGCUCUUAGCCGCUUAUAGCUUCAUUUCUAUCUCGCGAAACGACAAAGUAAAAAUAUUGAACUCGCAUCAAACCAAAGAUGCUUUGAUCAUCGAUAUGAAUCAGUGCAACUAUUUCUUCACUAGAAUUGAAAACUAUGACUAUGAUUAAGAAGAUCUUUCAAGAGUACUCCAACGUUGUGCGAAACCAAAUUAAACAAUCUUGGAGGUUAAAUCAUAUAAAGCAUACACAAUCUUUUCUUACCUAUGUAUCUAUGGUCCACUUAGUAUCACAACUACACUAGGGUACGUAGAUUUGUUGAGGAACAAGUACCACCUGUAACCCAUCUCUACACAUAUAGGAAAACAAAUUUCAUAUUCCCCAAGAACCCAAAAUUCCAUUUGAUAAUAGGACCAAACUACAAAAGAACAAGCCCUACGAAAGUCUUCAUCAUGAUUCAUGAGCACCUUAUACACACAUAUGUACCACUAUUAUUACCCCCAACUUGUCACCUUGUGUACUCUCAUGAAUCAUGACAAAACUAUAGCAAUGAACUACAAGGCAACACCUCUAAUUGAAACCCCAAAAAAAGAAGAAGAAAAAUCCCCUCGCAAUAUCUAUCACUUCACUAGCUGGCUUGUGUGUCUAUAUAACAAGAGGUUCUCCACAACUAAAAAGAAUCGCGCACACACUCCAAACAAUGGCCAAGCCAUUCUUCGUCCUCCUCUUGCUCCUCAACUUGGAAGCCUUGCUUCUUCUCCCUACCACCCUCGCUUGCCCCUACUGCUCUCACCCUCCUCCGCCUUGCCGGCCUCCGCUGCCACCUCACCACCCACCUAAGCCGCCGGCCGUCAAGCCACCGCACGUCCCCAAGCCGCCUCAUGCAAAGCCACCACAUGUUCCCAAGCCGCCCCACGUGCCCAAGCCGCCUCAUGUGAAGCCACCACACGUUCCCAAGCCGCCCUACGUGCCUAAGCCGCCGGUCGUCAAGCCACCACCCAAACCACCGGUCGUCAAGCCGCCCCAUGUGCCCAAGCCGCCGGUGGUGAAGCCACCCCAUGUUCCCAAGCCACCGGUUGUGCCCAAGCCACCAAUAGUCUACCCACCGCCGAUCCCCAAGCCACCGGUUGUGCCAAAGCCACCAAUAGUGCAUCCGCCGAUUCCCAAGCCGCCGGUUGUUCCCACGCCACCCAUUGUCCACCCACCGAUAAUCCCCAAGCCGCCGGUCGUGCCCAACCCACCAAUUGUGUACCCUCCACCGGUCACGCCGAAGCCACCACCGGUCGAGCCACCUAAGCCACCAACGCCACCCAAGGAGCCGCCUUGCCCUCCGCCGCCGCCGCCAGUGCCAUCCUACCCUCCGCCGGCGGCCCCACCGAAGCCGGAGACGUGCCCCAUCGACGCUCUCAAGCUGGGGGCGUGCGUGGACCUGCUGGGCGGGCUGAUCCACGUGGGGAUCGGGGAGAGUGCCAAGUCGACCUGCUGCCCGGUUCUCGAAGGGCUCGUGGACCUCGACGCUGCGUUGUGCCUCUGCACCACCAUCAAGUUGAAGCUGCUCAACUUGAACAUCAUCCUCCCCAUUGCUCUCGAGGUCCUCGUUGACUGUGGCAAGACUCCUCCCCCUGGCUUCAAGUGUCCCUCCUAAUUAAUCAAGUGUUUAAGGAUUAUUCGAGUAUGUUGUACUGAUUAAUUAUCAUGCAUAAUAACAGAAGUCUACUUUGUUGGUCGUGUGAUGAGAUCAGGUGAAGUAUAGAAGUGUAUACUUCAUGUGUUGUUGUGUAUGUACUUUUUUUCUUCUUCUCUCCUUGGAUGAUUCGGCUGUAAACCUUUGGCUUUUUGUGAAAGUCUGUUCGACCAAAAAUGGGAUUUGCUAGCUACUAUAUGUUUCUAGUGAUGUUUAUGAUGCUUAUAGUUGUAAAUAUUUGUUUUAUUGUAUGCUACAGGUACUUGUUAAUUAAGUUCACCGUUAGGAAUGAGGAUGGCAGAUCGGGGCAAGUGUCUCAAUAUCUAUAUCCGUUUCGUGAUAAUUCGGGUAGUUUAUUAUAGGAUGUGAGCUGAGACAGGUCGAUCCAUAUGUUGUUGUUAACUUAUUUGAGAAAUUGAGAUUUUCACGUGUUUAUAACUUUAUCGUAACUAAAAUAUUAGGUAUUGAAGUAAAAUUAAAAAAUAUAAUUAUAUUUAAUUUUAGACCAAAAGCUGCUACCGGAGAAGUAUGGGAUGUAUGGGCCUGGUCAAUCAACAGAAUCAGUUGUACGAGUUUGAUCGAAAUGAACACUACGCCGGGCCAUCCGAUUCCAGUUAUUUGGGCCCACCAGCCUCGUGAACGAAACAAAGCCCAUCUGAACCA